AUGGUCCUGGGGCCGGUGCUGUUCUCCAUUGGCACACUGGCGGCGCUGCGCCGCCUGCAGCAGAGUUUCCCAGCGGCGGAGUUCACGGCCUACCUCGAUGACGUGACAGUGGCGGCCCCUCCGGGCAUCCUGCGACAGGCGUGCGACGCGACUGCGCGCGCCAUGUUGGCCCUGGGCAUCGAGACGAACGAGGACAAGACCGAGGUCCUGAGUACCAAGGGCCCGGUAGACAUGGCAGUGCAACCGCUCCCGUUUGCACGCGUCCUCGGCGCCGGGAUCGCAAACGAGCCAGAGAGCCCGCUCAUCACGGAGUACGUCCAGCGCAAGACGGAGGAGACCAACCGCCUGUUCCGGGCAAUCGUGGAGCUCCCGUUUGCGAAGUGCACGCAGUGGCGCCUCCUGGCGGUGUCGGCACUCCCGCGCCUGACCUUCCUACUGCGCACACAUGACCCCCGCCACACACGGGACGCCGCGGAGUGGUUCGACGUCCGGGUGACGGGGGUCCUCAGCACCCUCAUUGAUGGCCCCGUCACGAAACGGGCGCGCGACAUCGCCGCCCUCCCGGUACGCCGGGGAGGAUGCGGCCUCCGACGCCAGCGAGACAUCGCGGAAUUUGCCUACGCGUGCCUCGGCGAGAAGGGCAAGCAACGCGCCCUGACGGCCGAACUGGAGGACGAACGCCAACGCGACCUUUUUAAUAACCUGCAAGGUCCUGAUCGCAAGGUGUUCGUCGCCAACACGGCCCCGGGUGCGGGCAGGCCCCUCACCGACCCACAAGUCCACGCAGACGACCGCGGCUUCGCCACUUACCUGCGCGAGAGGAUGCUGUUGCGAGUCCUGCCGGAGGGUCAGCAAUGCGUGUGUGGGGCAGACGCGUCCAACGACCACGUCCACACGUGCUCACGGCUGCACCAAAACCCGCGGACCACGCGCCAUGACAUGAUCAACAUGGCAUUCGCCAAUGGACUGCGGCUCUGUGGGUUCCAAUGUGGCCUGGAGCCACGACUCACGGAGGUCAGUCGCCGCCGCCCGGACAUACUCGUGGUAGGACUGGACACCUACGCGGUCACGGAUGUCACGGUCACGUACCCGGGACGGGUCACCACGCCCAAGGCGGAGGAGACGCUGGAGGACUGUGACCCCAUGCGGGCGGCACGGGAGCGCCUCACCCAGAAGCGCCAAAAAUACAGGCACUGGGCGCUCGGCAAUGGGCUGGACUUCGAGCCCUUUGUCAUGCUGACAAACGGGGCGAUCCACCCAACCAGUCGAUGGUGGCUGCGGCGUGUCCUGGGAAACCAAGACCACCGCCUCACCAUCACCACGGCGUAUGAUUUCAUCAUCGCCGAAACCCUCACCGCUCUGCUGCGCGGAAACGUGUCAGUUUUCAACGCAGCGAGCGGCAGGGGAACCCCCGGGGGAGGACCAGGGCAGGCGAGGCCCUGA